AUGGAUUCCACAGUUCUGUUCCUCUCCAUUUUACCACUGAUAACUCUCUUGCUAAUGAUAUGGUUCCGAAUACGAAAGCAUCGUAAUGUAAUAGCAUUCUUUCAUCCAUAUUGUAAUGCUGGUGGUGGCGGUGAACGCGUUUUGUGGUGCGCUAUCAAUGCCAUGCAAAAAAAGUUUGGCAAAAAAUAUCGAUAUGUGGUUUAUACUGGUGAUGUGGAUGUAACACCUCAAAAAAUCUUGCAAAAAGCAAAAGACUGCUUCGAUAUUGAAGUUAUUGAUAACAAUUUACAAUUCAUCUAUCUUCGUACACGACCUUGGUUGGAGUCGAGUAAUUAUCCAUAUUUGACAUUGUUGCUUCAAAAUUUGGCUGGUUUGCUAGUUGGCGUUGAAGCGUUGUUCCGGUACAAUCCACAUGUUUUCAUCGAUACAAUGGGAUAUCCGUUUACGUUACCGUUGUUCAGAUGGUUUGCUGGAUGCAAUGUUGCUUGCUAUGUGCACUAUCCUGUUAUUUCUCGUGAAAUGAUAAAAUUGGUGGAAUCAUCCGAACCUUCUUAUAAUAACGCACAGUGGAUAGCGAAAAACCGAUUCUUUACCUAUUGCAAGUUGGUGUAUUAUCGUAUAUUCGCUAUAUUUUACUCCCUCAGUGGUAUCUGCAGUAAAGUUAUUAUGGUUAAUGGCACCUGGACUCGUGAUCAUAUUGUGGCAUUGUGGGGCGUUGACGAUCGAACAUACCUCGUCUAUCCACCGUGUAAUGUUGAUAACUUGCUCAGGAUCAAUUCCAAGGCAGAAAAGUUGCUAAGAGAAGAGAGACGAGUGCAAAUGUUAUCAAUUGGACAGAUUAGACCCGAAAAAGAUCAUAGAUUACAGAUUUGUUUCUUAGCUGAAUUGAAAAAGCGAUUAUUGAAAGAAAAUCUGAACUACAAGAUUCGAUUAGUUAUAUGUGGUGGAUGUCGUGAUAUGGGCGAUGUUCAACGUGCCAAAGAUUUGCAACUCUAUGGAGAAAAUAUGGGCCUUAGCAAUGAUGACUUAGAAUGGGCACUUAAUGCACCUGUCGAUAAAGUAGAAGCACUACUUGAAGAAUCACUGAUUGGCAUUCAUACUAUGCAAAAUGAACAUUUUGGCAUAUCUGUUGUGGAAGGUAUUGCUGCUGGCCAAAUUAUGAUCGCUCACAAUUCAGGUGGUCCUAAACUGGAUAUAUUGAAUGCAGAUGCCGUCGGAAGCAAAACUUUAAUUGGUCUGCUAGCAGCGAGUGUACAUGAUUUUGUGGACUGUGCGCUAGAAAUAAUACAAAUGAGUCCGGAAGAACGCAGUUCGAUACGUGAUGCUGCACGUCUUUCAGUGAAUCGUUUUACGGAAACAAAUUUUGAAAAAGGAUGGAAUUCUGUGGUUGAGAAAUUAUUACCCGCUUAUGGUUGA